AUGCAGUUCGUCACACCCAAUGUGACUGAAGGAGGAAUUGAGAUAGAGAUUGAAGAAGAUGACAUUGCUUCAGAGGUCAAGUAUUGGGAAACAGCUUUAAUUCUAUACACGAUGGGAGAGGAUCUGAGCAUGAACAUGAUGAAGAAUUUCAUGGAGAAGACUUGGAAUUUUAUCAAGGUGCCUGCACUCUACUACCACGAUGAAGGUUACUUUAUCAUCAGAUUCCAAUCACACUCAGAUAUGGAUGCGGUGUUGAUGAAGGGGCCAUACACAUUGCGCAAUAUUACCCUGAUGCUGAAGGAGUGGAAACCGGAUUUCAACCUAAAAAGAGACAUGCUGCGAACCAUUCCUCUGUGGGUCAAGCUGCCAAAGCUCCCUCUCCAUCUAUGGGGAGCAAAAAGCCUGAGUAAAAUUGGUAGUGCCUUAGGCGUUCCUCUUGUUACUGACGAAUGUACUGCCAAUAAGCUGCGAGUGUCUUAUGCGCGUAUAUUGGUUGAAAUUGAUAUCACAAAGGAGCUGACCAAAGAGAUCGUUAUAAAGGACUGUGAGGGACGAAGACUAAUGCAACCAGUGGAAUAUGAGUGGAAACCAUUGUAUUGUGAUAGAUGCUAUAGCAUUGGACACAAGUGCAGAGACUAUGUGAAGAAACAAUGGAAGCCAAAAGGAAAAGCAAUAGAGACUGCUGCCAGUAAUUCUACACAAGACAGUGCUGCAGAAGAGGUGCCAACUUUACCUGAGAAAGGAAGUGAAGUAAAGCAGCCAAAUGUAUGUGUUGAUGAGAAAGCUUGGACAGAGGCCAGAUCUACAAUAAAGGAUAGAGGUAAAUGA